GGAGACCUGAAUGUGCUUAUUGCCAGCUAGUACCUUUUUGAUAGACUUCACACAGCUGCUUUAUCACUACUUCAUUAUUUUCUUCUCUGUGUGGGCUUCAUUUUGCUGAAGUCGUCUCUGUCUUUAAGCUGGUCUAGACUCCCUCUGUAGGCAAAAGAAAGCAAUAGCCGGGAUGACUUACCUUUCGGAGAUACCUAUUGCUCACAGUCCAUUGAGAACAGACAGAUUUUCUUGAGGACUUGUAUGUCCUCUGGCUGGUGGCCAGAGGUGCACCCAUUCGGGGUGCAUUUGGUUUGAUCUGCCACUGGUGCGAAGCCUGCAGCCCCUAGGCAGCUGUCAGGAUAACUGAAUGACUAAAGAAGUUGUUGCAUGUUGUACUGAUCUAAGACCCCCAUGUCUUGAGGGAUGUACUUUUUUCCCUAAUACAAUGCAUUGCAGUCCUUAGUAAGUAUCUCUGGGUAUUGCCAUUAAUGAAUCAGCUUUGACUUUCUAGUGAAUUUCAGAGAAAUGCUUUUAGACUUCAGCACAUUACUGCUUCUUUUGAAUGGUAAGACAUGUUUCUUAUUUAACAGUGUUCCACAUCUAGGUAUUUCUAGAGAGUCAAAAUAAACAAAUCUUACUCCUUUUUUUUUCUCCAUUGCAAGAAUAUCUAUUUUGAAUCGAUAUCUGUCAUGCUAGCAAGAACAUUGGAUUUUGUAUGUUUUAAUGAGUUCUUGUAUCUUGCUUUAGAAAUUUGCAACAUACCCUAAUUUGGGGGUGACUCAAACUGAGCACCAUUUGGAAUUGGAAUGGACCUCUCAUGGGAAUGAAUUAAAACGGCCUUCUUGUCCAGACUUAUUGUAAAUGAUUCCUGCUGUUUCCCCUGCACCUCCAGCUGAGCUGUCAUAGAGUAAGCACAAUUAGCCUCCUUCCUGCUCCCAAGUCAUUCCUUGCCAAUAUCAUGAAAAUGUCAUUAGGUACUUUUUCUACAAACAAUCUCAUUAUCCACCACUUGGUGUCUGCCUCAAAAAAUUAAAUCUGUGAAUUGUCUGCUGUGUCAGUCAAUUAAAAACAACUAUUUUUUACUACAGUCUGUUUUAUUAAUCUUUUUGUUUUUCUGUUGGAAUUCUGUAUACAAGAUAAUUAUGGCUAUGAACAACAAACAUCUGCAAGCAACUAUGAAAGCAAGCAGUACCACCAGCCGGCACCUGCCUACUCAGCUGCAGCAUGCUGCUGGGGAUUCCUACUGCCCACCAAGCAAGUGCUGCUGGAAUCUGGCAUCCGUGUCUUAUACUUACCAGGAGCACUUAGAAUGACAAAAGCACAAAAAGAAAGACGUUGUUCAGAAGACAGGAAACCAAGGAAACAGGAGCCCCGGCAGGAUUCAAAACCAGCUUCAAUGUGAGCUCUGUGAUGUCUCUCCGCAGGAGCAGGUGCAUGUGCGGCACAUAUCCGGGGAGCCAUCAGAAGUUUGUUGAGCCUAGAAACUGUUGUAUGAAUAGAAGCAGCUGACUUCUGAGAACUGCUCACAGAGAAGGGAUGCUGAAGAUGAAGAGGAGAAGGUGGUGUGAGCUAUAACCUGUUCAGAAAUGUUCUGGAAUAUUGAAGGCACUGGUGUCUGACUAAUAAAAAUAGAGGGAACGAGCAACAAACUUGUGGAAGAGAAGGCAUCAAGCCUGUUAAAUCCUGGCAGCGGUAGGCAGCAUGUUCCUGAAGGUGUGGUGUCAGGCAUGCUGUUGACAGAGCAGCAAGGCGCGGCUGUGCUGUUGGAUCAACCUGCCCUAAGCCUCACAGAAGUCAGUGCUGAGAUGGGAUUAGACUUUGGGAUGCCUGGUCCCACCACAUCCUCUCCUGAUGUCUCCUCAGUGUCCCUGGAAAGCUGCUGCCACCGUGGGCAUCUGAUCCUUGGGUAGCUGCUCUGAUCUUGGCAAUCGAGGCGGUAACAGCCAAUCUCCCUAUUUGCAGAGUGGAUCAUUAAUUUUCUGUGAGUGCUAUACAGUGCUGCAGGAUAGGAUUUCCAAUUCUAGUUCAUUUCUAGUGAGGGUGUGUACUUGUGCCCUCAAAGGGUAAAAGUUGUUUUAAGUGUUGUCAAAUAAUGAGUCAUCUCUGAUUAAUGUUUGACUGUGCAGGCAGCAGGCACUAGGACCUCUGGGAUGCUGCAUCUGCAGCCCUUACCAGAAGAGAAAUCAGGAAAUAACGCAGUCGCUCUUUCUGGGAGCAUGCCCUUGACAAUAAAGCUUUGCUGCUCCAUAUGAAAGAGAAUUUACUCUCCAGGAAUUCAGGAAUCUGAGUCCAGGAUUAGCUGUGAGCCACCCUGAGACAUCAUUGCCCUGCAUGGACAUUGCUGGGAGGUAAGUGCAAGGAUCUGUUAGAGUUGCUGAGAGCAGGUGACAUGUUGUCGUGUCUGCUCUGCCAGCAGAGAGGGAUGGAUGUGGUGUUGUAGUGUUAAGAGCGUUGUGGUCAGUGGGGAAAAUGGCCAGGUGUCACCUGUUUUUCAGCAAAAGAGCUGUACUUGAUGUUUGUCCAAGUGGCCCUUAGCGUGGCCGAGUGUUUGUAAAAAAGUUCUCGGGUUUGUGUUUCAAAGGUGUGUGCAGAAUGCAUCCGGCUCCGAUUUCAGUGCAGAGGUGCAAUCUGUCAAUGCGUGCGUCCUCUCUUCUGCCACUGUGCCGUUGGGUCCUGGCAGGUCCUCAGCUGGUGUAACUCUGUGCACUGGAAACAAUCCUCAACUCUCCAGUUCGGGGUUUGGAUGGCUCCACCAAACCCCAUCCUGUUUCUGUACUUCUCAUCCUCAUUGCAAAUACACAGGUUGACUGAUGAAAAAAAAGUGUAGAACAGCUCCAAAAUGCAGAAGGGGGCAAAUAUCUCCUCCCAGGCUUUCUGCCCACACAUCCUGCUUGUGGGACCGUUCGUUCCAGUGAUAGGAACCGCAUGGACCAAAUAUCUUCGAGAACAAAUAGUUGCUUUAGGACAAGGCCUGUGAGUGUCACCAGGGGGAAGGUGAUUCCCUGCCAUUGCCCGCUGGUGGCUGGGUGGAGGCACUGGCUGGUUUCCAGGCUCUGCCAGCCGCAGGUAUCCAUGUGUGGGUGCAUGUCCAGCACUCCAAGCCCUAGUGCCAGCUGGGCAGAAGAGAAGCCAGGCCCUUGGGCACUCAAACUGGAGGAUCUGUCCCUUCCAGGCACAACCCGCUCUCUGCAAAAAGGGCAGGACCGAGCAAACAGUUGCUGCUUUUCACCAGAAAUUACCAUCCUGGAGCAGCAGAAAAUGAGGGACCAACUGUAAGAGCUGCUGUCAUCCUUCCUGGCUCAGCCAGCAUGUCCCUCCUCGUACCAGGGUGUACCACAGCAAGGGGUAUGGAGCGGACCGUGUCCUUAAGCUCUGUGCCCUUGAGGGCCUCACCCAUGCUGGAAGUGAGCUGUGCUGCACCCAGUCACAUCAGACUUUGGCUGUGCCUGCCAGGGAGCAGGCACGGAGCGGCUGCCUUUGCUGUCAGUCUACCAAGAUAAUACGUGUGGCACGGAUGGGAUGCAGGACGGGAGGAUGUCUGUGCUAGCUAACAGUGGUUUCUGGAACAGAUAAAACUGCUGCCUGCUAAUAUUAACCUUGCAACAGCUGCAGUUGUCCCUUUUUUGUUGUUGUUCUGGAUAGGGACUGGCACGGUAAGUCCUCAGAUCCUCGCCGUCAUGGAGACAGGCUGGGGUUUACCACUGGUGAUGCAGAGGAGUGACCAUGACUCACCUUCCAAAAGAGGAAUAGAGCAAAGACUGUCAUCUCUGCUCCAAGGAGCUGAGUGAGCCCCCGCACCUCUCCCAGCCCAGCUGAGCUGGGAAGACAUCGUCCUGCUCUGGGUAGAAGUUUCCAAGACCAACAGCGGGGUUUCCUGAGAGUGGUGCAGUCAAUGCUGGGUCCCAGCCCUGCAUUGCCCUGCCCAGGCUCUCGUGUUCACUGAGCACCAAGAAAACCAGUGCAUGAAUGAAACUGCCUCUCCCCGUCCUCAGAUGUUUCUCUUCUCUGGAAGCUGAUGCUUCCCUGGCUGUUUUGAGGUCUUGGAAACAGAGAGGAGCACCGAGCUGCUGGCAUAGCUUCACAAUAUCUAGUUCCAUGGUACAAAGGAGCAAGGUGGGCACGAAGCAGCUUCACUGAUGUGGGUCUCAUUGGACGGCAUCUUUGGCAAAGCUGAAGAGCAUGAGCUGCAAGCACUGAGAAAUCCCACCUUCCUUUAGAAAAGGAAAGAAAGCAUCUGCUGUCCAGCGGCAGAGAGGAAUUUCAACUGCAAAAUGAAUCUGGAGGAAGGGUGCUGAAAUCAGACCAAAACUUACAGAAGCCAUGACUUGACUUUUAAGAGCGUGGUAGCAGCAGGAGAGGACAGGGAGUCCCUGAUGCGCUGACGGCUGACCAUGUCUGGGAAACACUGGCCCCCCGGGACGCAGUGUGUCGCCAAGCAUGACCACACUAAGCCCAAGGCCCAGGAGCUGGCCUUCCGCAAGGGUGACGUGGUCACCAUCAUCGAGGCCGUGGAGGGCAAGGGCUGCUACCGUGCCAGACACAACGAGACGGGACAGGAGGGGCUGCUGGCAGCCAGUGCGCUGCGGGAGCGCGGUGCCAUCCGCGUCGACCCCAAGCUCAGCCUCAUGCCCUGGUUCCACGGGAAGAUCUCAGGGGUGGAGGCGGUGCAGGAGCUGCAGCCCCCCGAGGACGGGCUGUUCCUGGUGCGCGAGUCUGUCCGGCACCCUGGCGACUACGUGCUGUGCGUGAGCUUCGGCAAAGAGGUGAUCCACUACCGCGUGGUGCAUGAGGAGAACACGCUCAGCAUCGACAGCCAGCAGUACUUCUCCAACCUCAUUGACAUGAUCGAGCACUACAUGAAGGAGCAGGGAGCCAUCUGCACCAAGCUGGUGAAGCCCAAACCGAAAACUGGGAUGAAGUCAGCUGAGGAGGAGUUGGCAAAAGCUGGCUGGUUGCUGAACCUGCAGCACCUCACCCUGGGAGACCGCAUUGGGCAAGGCGAGUUUGGAGAUGUCCUGCAGGGCGAGUAUAUGGGGCAGAAGGUGGCUGUGAAGAACAUCAAGUGUGACGUGACCGCCCAGGCCUUCCUUGCCGAAACGGCUGCCAUGACGAAGGUCCGGCACAAAAACCUGGUGUGUUUGCGUGGUGUGAUCCUGCACAACGGCCUCUACAUUGUCAUGGAGUUCAUGAGUAAGGGCAACCUGGUGAACUUCUUGCGCACACGGGGCCGGGCGCUUGUCCCAACUCAGCAGCUCCUCCUGUUUGCUCUGGACGUGGCUCAGGGCAUGGACUACCUGGAGUCCAAGAAGCUGGUGCACAGGGACCUGGCUGCCCGCAACAUCCUCAUCUCUGAGGAGAAUGUGGCCAAAGUGAGCGAUUUUGGCUUGGCGCGGGUCAAUCCCAAGGGUGCGGAUGCCACUUUGCUGCCUGUGAAGUGGACGGCCCCGGAGGCCCUGAAACACAACAAAUUCUCCUCCAAGUCGGACGUGUGGAGCUACGGGAUCCUCCUGUGGGAAACCUUCUCCUUCGGACGGGCGCCAUACCCUAAACUGAGCCUGAAGGAGGUGACGGAGCUGCUGGAGCAGGGUUACCGCAUGGAGCCCCCCGAGGGCUGCCUGCCUGCCGUCUAUGCCCUGAUGAAGAGCUGCUGGGAGCUGGAGCCGGGCAAGCGGCCAUCCUUCAAGAAAAUCACAGAGAAGCUGCAGAAGGAGCUGAAGCACCUGAGGGAUGUUUAACCCCUCUCCUGUUCCUGGGAUCCAUGGCCAGAAGCCCGCCCCAGACCCGCUGGGGUUGGGAGCGGCAUGGCAAGGGGUGGACCAUGGCACUGCUCUCUCCCUGUGGAGAUGGGGCAGCAGUUGGUGGGGGGGGUCUCUCCUACAAUGGGGCACCCAAAGAGGAGGCAACAACCUCCCCCCAUCCUGGCAUAGGUCCUUCUUCCCACCACACAUCCCAGAGAAGGUUCCCAUGGGGUCAAUCUCCCUUGA